AUGGUGACCGAGCCAUAUGAUGUACAACACGAUGUGCCACUUAGAGACGGUGCUUCCUGCGAGGAGGUGACCAAAAGUACAGAGACGGUUCCCUUGCUUCCUAUGGAAAAAAUGAAGCAACAGAAUAAUCUUCCCAAGAUUUCUGAUGAAUCAGAAGAGAAGUUGAAAUUAUCUUCCAGGAAAGCCAUCUACACGAGAAAUUCAGACUUAAAUUCCACAGAAAACGUCAACUUGAAACUACAUAUUAUGUUUCAAGUGUUUCAAGGAGGAACAAUGUGUCAGGAGCUUCAGGUGCUCCAGCCUGAGAAGUCAAUGACAUUUACAGCAGGAGAGACGGCCACUCUGCACUGCACUGUGACAUCUUUGAUCCCAGUGGGGCCUGUCAAAUGGAUCAGGAAGACUGAGGAAAGUAGGGAAUUAAUCUACAAUUUCCAAGAAGGCCACUUUCCUAGAGUUACAAGUGCUUCAGAUGUCACAAGGAAAAACAGUACGGACUUUACCAUUCACAUCCAUGACAUCAAACUAGCAGAUGCCGGCACCUACUUCUGUAUGAAGUUCCAGAAUAGGAUUCCUUUCGACAUGGUGCUAAAGUCUGGACCAGGCACUCUAGUCACUGUGAGAGGUGGACUUCCCCCCCACCCUGAAUUCUCAGGCCCCUUGGUGAGUGCCCUGCCUAGGCACAUCAUGAGCAUCAUUUGCAAGUCCCAAGGCUUCUCCUCCAGAAACAUCAGCCUGACAUGGUUCAAAAAUGGGAAUGUGCUCUCAGCCUCCCAGACCAGAGUGGACCCCAAAGGGGACAGUUUCUCCUAUAGCAUCUCCCUCAAAAACUCUACUUUGUGCCAGACACUGUGCUAG